AUGGGCUCCAUCAACACCGACACGCCGGCGCUGGCCACCGACCCCAAGUUCAUCUUCUUCACCGACUUUGACGGCACAAUCACCACGGCCGACUCCAACGACUACAUGAUUGACAACCUGGGCUGCGGCGCGGCCCAGCGCGAGGCCGACAACGGCGAGGUGCUCGCCGGCCGCGCCCACUUCCGCGACAUGUUCUACGGCAUGCUCGACAGCGUGCAGACGCCCUUUGACGAGUGCCUGCGGCUGCUGCUCGCCAACAUCAAGCUCGACCCGGGCUUCAAGGACUUUUACAACUGGGCGCAGGCGCACAACGUCCCCAUUGUCAUCCUCAGCGGCGGCAUGGAGCCCGUCAUCCGCGCCCUGCUCGACAAGAUGCUCGGCCCCGGGUGGGACAUGCAGAUUGUGAGCAACAACGUCGCGCCCAGCGCCGCGGGCCGCAGCAUCAACGAGCCCGGCGGCUGGAAGAUUGUCUUUCACGACGACAGCAUCCACGGCCACGACAAGUCGCUCGAGAUCCGCAAGUACUCGUCGCUGCCAUCGCGGCCCGUCAUGUUUUACGCCGGCGACGGCGUGUCCGACUUGUCGGCGGCCAAGGAGACGGACCUGCUCUUUGCCAAGGAAGGCAAGGACCUCGUCACUUGGUGCGAAAACGCCAAGGUCCCGUUCGUGACAUUUCGCGACUGGACUAGCAUCGGGCAGACGGUCAAGGACAUUGCGGCCGGCAACAUUACUCUGCAAGAAGCCGCUCGAGGACGCAUCUAA